GAGGCCGUACGUGCAUCUCAACUUAGAGGUUUAGAUCCAGACGUGAAAAAGGCGCCCAAUAAUAUACCAGGAGGAACCUCUGUAAGAUAGUCGGCUAUGAGCUGCUUGUAAAAGGGCCUCAGCAUGGACCUGUACAAAGCAGCCUUCCUCCUGGGAGCUCUGAUCUGCACUGUGAGUGGAAAUGAUGUGAAUGGAUACACCAGAACUGAGGGGGCAUGGAUCCUCUCACUGAAUAAAAGACAGUACUCAGCAAACACUGCAGCUGAAUGUUCUGUUAAAUGUGAUGCUGAAGUAACCUUCACAUGCAGAGCUUUCAUGUAUGUUGAAAAGGACCAGGAGUGUUGGACAGCAGCAGCCAACUCCAAAGUAGAGACUGUCCUGCGCAGGGCCAGCACAGUUUUGUUUGAAAAAAAUGGAUUCCUCCAGGAGUGUGUGAACGGAUCAGGAACAGAUUACAGAGGAACAAAGGCUAAAACAAAAUCCGGAAAGACGUGUCAGAAAUGGAGUGCAAGUUUCCCACACAGGCCAAAUAUUACACCCCAGAGCCACCCAAGAGCAGACUUGGAGUCUAACUUCUGCAGAAACCCUGACGGAGACGACGGGGGACCCUGGUGCUACACCACAGACGCUGGUACCCGCUGGGAACACUGCAACGUAAAAAGCUGCACUGAUGAAUGUAUAGUCUGCAGUGGUGAGGACUACAGAGGAAAAGUCGCCACCACAGAAAAUGGCUACACCUGCCAACGCUGGGACUCCCAGAAACCCAACAACCACGGCUACAACCCGAGCGCACUUCCAGAGAAAUAUCUUGAGCAGAACUACUGCAGAAACCCAGAUGGUGACCCCCGACCCUGGUGCUUCACCACCAGCCCGUCCAAACGAUGGGACUUCUGCGCCAUACCUCGCUGCACAUCCGAGCCUCCCACCGUCGUCCCAGAGAUGACCUGUAUCACAGGUGAAGGUGGAGGGUACAGAGGCACGAUUGCUGUGACAGAGUCGGGUAAGAGGUGCCAGAGUUGGUCUUCUCAGACGCCACACAAACACAACCGCACGCCUGACAACUACCCCUGCAAAGGCCUUGAUAACAACUACUGUCGUAACCCUGACAAUGAGAGGAAGCCCUGGUGUUACACUGCAGAUGCAACAGCUCGCUGGGAGUACUGCACAGUGCCUACCUGUGGAGGGGAGCCAGAUGAUGCCGUCGUUCCCCCAGAGGAGGAAGACUGCUAUCAGGGGAGCGGCGCUUCUUAUCGAGGCAUAACAUCUGAGACCAUCAGUGGGAAAAGAUGUCAAACCUGGAGUUCCAUGUCUCCUCACAGCCAUACGAAAACCCCAGUGAACUUCCCUAAUGCGGACCUCAGGAGAAAUCUGUGCAGGAAUCCUGACAAUGACAAGGCUCCUUGGUGUUUCACAACAGACCCCCAAACCCGCUGGGAGUACUGCAACCUGGAGAAAUGCUCCACCAGUCCUUCCGGUGGAGGAUCACCCACCGUACCUUCCAAACCCCAGCUCCCCUCCCCAACCCAAGACACAACAUCAAGAGAUUGUAAGGUUGGAAAUGGAGCGACUUACCGGGGUCCAACCUCCAUCACUAUGCUGGGAGUGACGUGUCAGGCCUGGAGUUCACAGAGCCCUCACCAACACAACAGCUUCACCCCACAGUCUCACCCCACCAAGGAUCUGGAGGGGAAUAUGUGCAGAAACCCUGAUGGUGACGUGAACGGACCAUGGUGCUACACCACUGACACAAGCAAGAAAUGGGAUUACUGUCAGAUCCCAGACUGUGCUGGUCUGAAGUGCGGCUCCCCUGUCACCAAACCAAAGCGUUGUUUUGGUCGUGUUGUCGGAGGCUGCGUGUCUAAAGCGUACUCCUGGCCCUGGCAGAUCAGCCUCCGCACCAAUACAGGAAUUCAUUUCUGUGGAGGAACCCUGAUCCACCCUCAGUGGGUCCUGACGGCUGCCCACUGCCUGGAGAGGUCCAAGAGACCCUCAGCCUAUAAGGUGGUUCUAGGAGUCCACACAGAGAGAGCCAAUGAGGCGUCGAAACAAGAGAGGAACCUGGAGAAACUGGUGCUGGGACCCAACGGAGCCGACAUCGCUAUGCUGAAGCUACAGACUCCUGCACUCAUAAAUGACAAAGUCCUGCCAGCCUGUCUCCCAGAUAAGGACUACGUGGUCCCCAGUGGAACAGAGUGUUACGUUACUGGAUGGGGUGAAACUCAAGGUACGGGAGGUGAAGGCGUCCUGAAGGAAGCUGGUUUCCCCGUGAUCGAGAACAAGAUCUGUAAUCGUCCGUCCUACCUGAACGGGAGAGUCAGAGACCACGAGAUGUGUGCUGGAAACAUCGAGGGAGGAGUAGACAGCUGCCAGGGUGACAGCGGCGGCCCUCUGGUCUGUAACUACCAGAACAAGUUCAUUAUACAGGGUGUGACAUCAUGGGGUCUGGGAUGCGCCAAUGCCAUGAAACCCGGCGUCUACGCUCGAGUCUCCAAGUUUACAGACUGGAUCGACACAACCAUCAAAGCCAAUUAACAACAAUCCACCGUUAAAACAACGCCAGAGAAGCAGCUUCAAAUCCAACCAGGUGGAGGAAGUGAUGGUUCAAUAUGUCCUUCUGAGGAAACUUUAAUGUGUCUUUGUUAUGAGGUGUAACCUGCAUCAAGUGUUGGUUGUUUUCCUGAGGUGGAAACAGUAAAAGCGGAUCAUCUUGGAGCUGGAGUGUAAAAUUUGUGUAUCUGGAGGAGCUGAAAAAUAAAACAAAGGAAACUGGA